AUUUUUCAAUUAAUUAAUAUAUUGUUUUAUUUAUUCUAGAACUAAAUUCAACAUCACCCUCGACAGCUGAUUUAGCAGACUCAUUCGACGACAACAAUGACAGCGAUGAGGAAUCAGAAAUAACAAUCGACGGUAAAGAAAACAUAUACUACAUGCCUGGGUCAUUAUUUACAAUACGGCUGGACUCACUGCGAGAAAAAUUAAAUCUUACAAACAUAAAAAGCCCCCAGGAUUUGUCUAAUGAAAUUCCGAAUGAUCCCAUCAGUUUUCCGACGUCAGAGAACGUCGUUACGUUUCAGAGCCCAAACUUGGAGCAGAAACUUCCGGUAACAACGGAAAGCGUCGUGACAACGGAGCCUGCUUGUUCGCUGGACUGCGGAGCUGCGGGAAAUUGUUACAUCGAGCAAUUUCGCAGCGACGAGGAAAACGGAGAUGUUACUCGUAUUGACGACACAAGACCAAGGCGGAGCUCUUACAAACAACGUUGUCAGUGUCCACUCGGCAGAACUGGCGAUCGAUGUCAAAAU